AUGUCAUAUCAACAAGGACCACCUCAAGGUUAUAACCAAGGCCCACCACAAGGAUACCAACAAGGGUACCAACAAGGGUACCAACAAGGUCCACCACAAGGAUAUUAUCAACAACAAGGUCAACCAAUGUAUGUUCAACAAGAAAAGAAAGAAGGACCAGGAUGUUGUUGCGGGAUCUGUGCUGGUAUUUUAGCAUGUUGUUGUAUUGAAGCAUGUUGUUAG